AACUUAUCACAAUCAUAAUUGACGAGUUCCGAACAUCCAAAGUAUGCAGUAAAUGCCAAACUCCAACCUUGAUGCCAACCUCGCCUGUUACUAGAUUGAGUAUACUUGCCUGUUCUUCUUGUCAUACUCUUUGGCAAAGAGACAUUAAUGCUUCCCGAAACAUGCUGACAAUCUCUAUCAGCAUUUGGCAGGGACGAGAAAGACCAACACCUUUUCAACGCACCACUACCACCACCACACCGCCACAGUCAUCGCUGUAAUAAACAAAGCUUACCUAGUGUAUUUAGA